CGAAAGGUUCCGUGCGUGGCGCCGGCGAAAAUGUGUUUUUAGUUGGAUUUAGUUGAGAAGUGAGACCAAUGUUUUUCUUUUAUAAUGUCAAAACAAGGAAAAAGAAAAAUUACUGUCGAAUUACCGAAAUCAAAGGACCUUGCAAACAGACCUAGUGUUUUUGAGCGUCUCGGAACCAAGAAAGCUAGUGCUAAAAAAACAACUGAACAUUGUAGGCAAUGGGCACAACACGGAAAUUGCGCCUACGGUAAAAGCUGUAAAUUCGCGUCAACUCAUACACUUAUUAGUCCUUCUAAACAGCGGGCAGCGAACAAAGAUAGUGAACAAAAACGUUCUGUGAAGGACGAUACCAAGAAUCGUCUGCAUUCGACUGUGGUAGUGAGACGUAGUCCCGACGGCGAAAUUGAUAACUGGGACCAAAAUGAUUUGGAAUACGCGGAUACGGAUGUUCUUGAAAAAAGAAGGCUGCAGUUGCAGCGUGAAUUAGAGUUGCAAUUGAAAAUGGACUCUGGUAAAGAUAUGCGGAAAGAUAAAAAGAAAGCAGUGUCGAGUUCCUCGUCUUCGAGGAGCUCCAGCUCUUCUAGUGUCUCUUCGUCUUCCUCAGAUGGAAGUUCAUCGUCGUCUUCUUCCGGCAGGGAAGCUAGGCGAAAGACAAAGAAAGGAAAGUUAAAAAGGAAUUCUAGCUCUUCCUCUGAUGGAGAUGUGCCAACUAAGAAAAAAUUUCUUAAAAGUGAUUCUUUAAAAAGAGAUAAGACUGAUACAAAAAAAUCAGGUAUAAAAAAAGAAGAAAAGGUUUUGAAAAAGCAUGAUUCAAAUAAAAAGAAAGCUCUCACAAAGGCAGCAAUUGGAAAAAAGUCUUUAUCACCUGGAAAAAAAUCCGGUGGCACACCUCCAAUCACAUCUAAAACACUGGGGAAAGGAGUUUCAAAACAUGGAAAAUCUCCACAAAGGAGGGAUAGGAAUAGAAGUGUUUCUCCUCAUUCUUCUAGAGAAAAGGAAAGAGACCGCAAGGAGAGGGACAAAGAUAGGGAAAAAGAUCGCGAGAAAGAAAGAGAUCGUCCUCGGGGUCGUAGUAGAUCACCAAAAAAAGGUCGAUCUAGGUCUCCACGUCGUCACGGUUCACAUUCGAAAGAUGCUACUAGACGGAAAGACAGUUCAGAAAGAAGUAGACCUGUAUCUCCUAAAAAGCAAACUAGGAGGGAUCUAAGUGUAGAACGGCAUAGAAAAAAGUCAUCUAGUAGAGACAGGGGUCGAGAUCAUAAAGAUCGGUCGUUAGAAAGAAGAAAAGAGAAACAUGAGGAUAAGGAUCGUCACGAAAGGAAAGAUAGGGGGCGCGAUAGGAAAGAUGGCAAAAGAGACGAUAGCAAACGAAGGGGCCGUGAUCGAGGUUUAGGAGGUCGAGGUGGAGCUGACAAAGGGCUCGAAAAACCCAAUAAGCCAAUGGAAAGAUUGCUGCCUAGGCCAGAAGAACGAUUAGCUGCUCUUGCAGCUAUUUCCAACAGAGCUUUAGAAACUGAUAAGAAUUCAAAUACGUCUAAAGAUAGACAAGAUACACAUUCUGAAAGAGGGGGGCGUAAACAAGAUAGACUUGAAAGAGACAGGUCUAGUAAGAGGGAUAGAAUGGACAGCAUGGAGAGAGAUCAAGGUGAUUAUGAAAUGGGUAUGGAUCGCCAAUAUGACCGUGACCAUGGAAUGGAUCACUAUGACAGAGGAGGUGACCGUUAUGAAGAUGGUCCCAGAGACGAUGAUCGAUCUCCUGGCUAUGGAGUAUCUGGAAGAGAUAGGCAUUAUGAUUCUGGGUAUGAUAUGCCUGGGCCAGCGAGAGGGUAUCCUGACGAUGAUGAGAGAAUAUAUGGUGAUCAUAUGGGUGAUCACCGUGGUGUUGAUAUGGGUUACGACGAUCGACGUCCUCACCGUGAUCGUUCAUGGGAAGGGCGUUCAGGCUCGAUGGAUCGUGAGCGUGGAUAUAUUCAUCCACAUAAGGAUUGGGAUAAUGACGAUUACCGACCAGGAGGUGGCGGCGGCGGUGAUUGGGGUAGAGAUCGACAUUGGGGAAUGCAUGAACCUCAGAUGAACGAGUGGGGUGACAAAGAUCCUGAUAUGGAGGGUUGGCAUCACAGAGGUCAUAUGCCAGGGCCUCACCGUGGUCGUAUGCAUGAUGAUUAUGGUCGUGGAAUGAGAAUGGAUAUGGGUCGAGGCGAUAAACGGCGAGGACCUAGAAAUGACCCCGAACCAAGUGCGAAAGAAACACCGCCGCCCGUGCAGGUGACCCCAGCUGCUCCCCCACGACAAGAACCCGAAGUAGAUGACAAACCUAUUCCUGAUGACCUCAGUGAAAUCAGCGAUGACCCCGAUGACAUAUUAAAUAGAGAAGAUAUGAUAGAUCAGAAUAUGGAUGAAGACAGUCAAAGUGCUUUGCCUCUUGAGGAAAAUGUUUUGAAGCCUGAUGGAUCGGAAAAAGAGUCAACACAGGAUACUGGUGGUGCUGGUGAAGAAAAGGAGUCGCAUGAUGUCAAAGAUGAUGAGGAUGUCACACAUCUUGAUUUUGAAGAAAUCUCAGAUGGGGAACUUGAAGAGGAGAGAACUAGAGCAGGUUUAGGCGACGCUCUUGGUGUGGAUUGGGCGAGUCUCGUGGCUGAUGUACGUCGACGCGAGCAAACCGCCCCAGUCGGCGGCGCGCGUGAUCGUUGGCGACCUGAGCGAGUUCUUGUGCGCCUGGGGCUUUCGGUGCACAUGGCUGGCAAAGCUACUGUACAAGAUGUAUUACAUCAGAAUGCCGCGAUUCUGAAAGAAGAUAAUAGUAAAGAAAAAUCGGAGAGUCAAACUAUAGAGCAAAAUGGAAAACACGAAGAAGAGAAACCAAAGGUGGAACCUGCAUCUCAUGUUGACACAUUGCAUCCUGUCGCUGCUAUACAGGUCGCGUCACAAAAACGAAAACGGCAGCGAGCUGUUCUUUUUGGGUCUGGCUGUGAAAUAACACGGGGAUUAAGUGCAAGACGAGAUUUGGCUCUGCGUCGCUAUUUAUGCCACUUACCAGUAGCAGAACGAACUGGCCAAUCACGUGUGACGCCACAGCCUUCUCUAUUCCAUGCCGCUCGCGCUCUUCUAAUGCAAGCACCAGUCACAGGCUGACGCUAGUCCUUAUCCAAAUUCUGUGAAGACCAGCAUGUCUUUCUGUGCGUAAAUAAUAUUGUUCUGGACUGUAACAAUGACAAGCAAGUGAAACAGUGCGAACGAAACUUACCUGAAGUAACACUAAUUCGGGUUGUAUCAACAAGUGAUUUGACACAGUGGUAGUGGAAAAAUUUCUUGAUGUUGCUGGUUUGGUGUGAUGGUUGGAACAUUUCAAAUAAAUGACAUGUUUAAAAGUUUAACCAUUUAAUUAAAAC